CUCUAUUCUUCCCCUGUCUUCAUCUCUUUAAUCUUGUCACCUUCCUCUAUAUAUAGGCGCAGCAAGUUCGUUAGCCUCCCCUGCUGCACCACUGCCUUCCUUCUCUCCUCGCCUCUUCUCAAGUCUGCGUAAACCAGUGGUAAAGAACUGUUCUUCUUCUGCAUAGAUAUUUACAUAUAGCGAGAGAGAGAGAGAGAAAGAACAAGUCGUGUGUGUGCGCUGGCGCGCGUACAUGGGGAGAAGGGAGUACGUAGGAGGAGGGGGAGGAAUGCCGGGGUGGCUGGGGGGGCUGGUGGAGGAGAGCUUCUUUGUGGGUUGCGAGGCCCACGAGAGCAGGAGGAAGAACGAGAAGAACAUCUUCUGCCUCGGCUGCUGCACCAGCAUCUGCACCCACUGCGCUCCCGCCCACCGCUCCCACCCGCUCCUCCAGGUGCGCCGCUAUGUCUACAACGAUGUGGUUCGACUGGAUGAUCUCGAGAAGCUUGUGGACUGUUGCUUUGUGCAGCCUUACACCAUCAACAGUGCCAAAGUGGUGUUCCUGAAGCCAAGGCCACAGUCCCGGCCUUCCAAAGGCUCCAGCAACAUCUGCUUGACCUGCGACAGAAUCCUCCAAGAACCCUUCCACUUCUGCUCCCUCUCUUGCAAGAGUUUGGGAUUGCAGGUGGACCAUGUUCUGCUACGUGGGGAGGAUCUAUCGAGCAUCCUGUUCAGGUUCGAAGACUCCGACUUCGCCUUCUCUCGAUUCGAGAGUCUCCAGGUGGACGAGGAUGACGGUCCGAUCGCCGCUAAUGCAACCCUGGAACAGCCAGCGCAGAGCAAGGAGGAGUGCUUGCCGCCGAGCCACGGCGGCGGUGGCAGCGGCAGCUCAGGAACGAGGAAGAGCAGGUUCUUCCCUCGGAUAGUACUGUCCCUGAACAACAGGAGGAAGGGAGCUCCGCAUAGAUCACCUCUCUCUUAGUGUCAUGCUUCGGCUUAAUGUUACCAGAGGACUAAGCAUCUAGGUUUAGCUUCUUACAAGUUGUCAUUCGUAGAAGAGGGUGAAAGAGCUGUGGCUUACUGGUCCGAGAGGACUCUGCAUUUCCAUUACUGUCAAGGUGGAGACGAUGGGCCACGGUUGAUGAUGCGGCUGUGGCCGAGCAUUUCCACUACUGACAAGGUGGAGACGAUGGGCCAUUGUUGAUGAUGAGGCUGUGGCUCAGAGUUGUGCCCACCAGUUUUGCAUCAGUGUAAUGGAAUGCAUCUAUAUCUGUCCACAUAUAUACAUAUAUAUACUGCUCA